AUGCCCUCGUUGAUGAACAGCCAUCAAGUUGCAGCAUUUCUUGCUCGUCUCGGAUUCACUGGCAGAGCUCACGUGGUCGGUAUUGACUUGGGCACGACAUAUUCCGUUGUAGCCAUUGCUCACAAGAAUAACGUGACUGCAAUUGCAGACAGUGAGGGUCAUAUCUUAGUCCCAUCGACCGUUGCAUAUCUGUCCCAUGGAGAAAUACUAAUCGGUCGGAACGCACGAGCGCAUCGUAUUAAAGACCCACAACAUACUAUUAUCAAUGCUAAACGCUUUAUCGGUCGAAGGUAUGAAGAGGUUGUGAGCUCGAUGGUUGACUCCGAUGGUGUGACGCCGUAUGAAUUCCGUGUCAAAGCGCUUCCAGAUGAUGAUAAUGAUGAUGGAGUAUGCUUUCGAGUGGACGUCGACGGUCAACCUGAUUGCGUGACUCCAGUCGAAGUUGGUAGUGCAAUUGUACGCCAUCUCCGCUAUCUGGCACAUCGCUUUAUUGGUCACGAUCAGAUUACGAAAGCAGUAAUUGCAGUACCAGUGGACUUUAACGCGAGACAACGGGAUGCGACAGUGGCGGCAUUUCGGUUGGCUGGAUUGCAGGUGUCGCGUAUGCUGGAAGAACCGACAGCUGCAGCAAUUGCUUAUGGGCUACAUCAGGAUCCAAAUGUGAGUUUCUUGCUAGUGUUUGAUUUUGGAGGAGGCACACUGGACGUGUCACUGCUUUUUGCACGAAAUGGAGCGAUCAAUGUGCUUGACACACUGGGAGAUAACCAUUUGGGGGGUGAGGAUGUGGAUGCACGUCUCGCCGCUUGGUUGGUAAAGCAAUUCGAAGCACAGCUUGGAACUGCGAUCACGUCGCGUGGAACCGAGACAGAGAGCUAUGACAACGAUAAAAAGGACCCGCCGUGUACACUGGCUGGAGUACGCUAUGCUGCCGAGCUCGUAAAAAGGCAACUUACCGAUGCUUCCGAUGCUGUCGCCUCCUGCGUAUGGACAGAACCUUUGCAAUUGCAGGCAAACAGCCGUAUCCGAGCUGAAGUGAAAAUCACACGAGCACAAUUUGAGGAUCUUUGUAGACCAUUGUUGGAGCGCACGAUGAUUCCAGUGCGUCAAGUACUAGAAACCAACAACAUGGCAACUGAAGAGAUCGAUGCCGUAGUGCUUGUAGGGGGCUCCUCGCGUAUUCCGUGGGUGCGUAAGCGUCUUACUGACAUGUUCCACGGUCGCGCGCCACUCUCAGACAUCGAUCCAGAUCUUGCGGUGGCAUUUGGAGCAGCACGCACGCUGGAUUAA